AUGGCCCCAGCCGCAUCCUCCCAGGCGACCAACUCGCCCGCCAAGAAGACAUCAGCCCCAGAGAAGAAAUACAAGUGCCAAUUUUGUAAUCGCGCCUUUAGCAGAAGUGAACAUCGCAGCAGACACGAACGUUCGCAUACCAAGGAGAGGCCGUUCAAGUGUCUGAAAUGCCGGAGUACCUUUGUGCGCCGAGAUCUACUCCUUCGUCAUGACCGCACUGUCCACGCAAAGGACGGUGGGAUACCGCUAGUUUCCGAGGGUCGUCGACGUGGUGGCGCGGGCGUUCAAAAGACGUCCCCCGCGCCCGGCCCGUCUAAACCUUCGAUUACGAUUGAUCCUGCUACCCUAGAACAAAUCGAGGCGAGCAGCGACGGUAUGGUUGAUCUUGAAACUGCAGCUAUGUUGAUGACAGAUUUCCAACAUAAAGCCGCAGCCGCCGCUACGGGUCAAGCCAAUGAUCGUGCUGAAUCGGAUCGCUCCUAUUCCCCUGGACGCGGUUCGCUUCUCGAGCCUCCGGUCUCGUACCUGUCGGGCAAUGCGACGUUGCCCCAGAUGCCUUGGGAUACGCUCGUUUCCCCUGCGGACACGAAACAUCACCCGAUGGGAUCCCCGUUUGUGUCGCAAGAAAGUGGCUCCGAGUCGCAUACGCUGUCGUCGGUCAUGGACCGACAUGGUGCUGUGGGUGACGCCCUGGCCCCUUCGUUGCACUCUCUGGUCAACUCGCUGCCGAUGUCUGGAAACUCGACCCCGAAUGCCCUGUCCCCGUAUCCCUCUAUGACUGGACCCGUUAGUCCGGUGAACUACCGUCGGUCUCCAGGACCUAGCCAGGCUUUGACGCUCCCCAAGGCCCCGCAGAUCGUCAAUGAGAUCGAGCGCAACAUGAUCGUCGAACGCCUUCAGAAUGUGGAUUCUCUCAGUGUGCUUCCGGAGACGUUCCAGCUCCCAUCGACCCCGGCUCUGAACAAGUACCUUUCGACGUAUUUCAACCUGUACCACCCUCACCUGCCGUUCCUGCACCAGGAGUCGUUCAAGCCUACCUCGGUCUCACCGCCAUUGCUCCUCGCGGUCCUGUCGAUCGGUGCUUUGUACACCUUUGAACGGCAACAUGCGUUCAUGCUUCACGUGGGAUCCAAGAUGCUUGUCAACCAGUUCCUGCAACACAAGGAUAACUUUGACUCCCGGAAAUGUCCUCUGUGGGCGAUGCAGAGCACGCUGUUGAACAUGAUCUUCGAGAGCUGGAGUGGUGAUCCCAAGGGCCUCGAAUGGACCUGCUCGAUCAAGAGUCUCCUUGCGAACAUGGUUGCCGGAAACCGUUACCAAUUGAAGCUCCGGACCGAAGCGCGCGAGGGUGGUCAGCCAACUCGGGAGGAGUGGAUCGAAGACGAGUCUUGCCGCCGGACGUACUACGCGGUGUACAUCUUCUUCGGCAUGCUCACGCUGACUUUCAACCACACCCCGGCGAUGAGCUUCGAUGAAUUCGACAACCUGGAGCUGCCUUCCUCGGAGUCCAUGUGGAACCUGGACGUGUCGGAUGAUGAGGCGUGGCGUCGUAGCUUGGCUGCUUCCUCACCGCUUACUGUGCGUGAGGCUCACGACUGCCUGUUCCAGGGCGAGCAGACGCGUUACAGCGCUUUUGCGACCCGUGUCUUGAUCAACGCGCUGUUCCUCCAGGUUUGGAACCACAAGAGGAGCUUUGAGGCCCUCCAGGACGUGGUCACUGAAUACAAGCUCCGUCUGGCGCUGGAGACAUGGGAGAGCUCGCUUGAGGUGUGUGAGCCGGAGACGAUUGUCGUGCCGCUCAGCACGCCUCAAAAGGGACACCCCUUGAUCUUCAACUCGAUGGCGGUCUACCGCAACACGCGCGCUCGCCUUGAAGUCGAUCUCAAGUCCAUCCAGGAGGCCCUGCGCUACCACUCGUCUUACGAAGUCGCGGCUGCGAUGACUGUCGCUCGCGAGAAGGUCAAGCGGUCUCAGGAGAUGAACAAGGUGAUCCAGUCUUGCUUCGAGUGCAUUGAAAUCGCCGCCGUUCAGGGCAUCAACUGGGUCGCCAAGACGUCGGCUACCAACUGGAGUGUCGAGCACCCGCUGUGUGGCUUGGACUUGAUGGUCAUCCUCAGCCUCUGGCUCUAUCGCCUGGAACAUGACGAAGAGCCCGCGACGGAGGCCGAGAUGGCCAUCUACAACAAGGUGCGGAAUCUGUUUGAUGACGACGCCGUGGAUGCUUUUGGAAAACUCAGCUCUACUGUGGCCCGUGUAUGGGGUAACAUCCUAGACGGGGUUGUAGUUUGGGGAAUUACCAAGCUCAUGGGCGAAUCGUUCAAACUGCAUUCUCAAGCCUUGGUCGGCUACGAAGACUCGCUGCGAGUUGCCAAGGACCAGCCUAUUCAUCCAAUGCCGACGAAGACGCUUGCCAGCGUCGGCACGGCGUACUAG